UCUCCUCUGCAACUUUCUCAUCCUCCUCCCCAUCACCACACUGUUUACAUACAUUACAUAACCAUUUUUUCCAUAUAUUAUAUAUACAUCCGAAUUCAUUUACACAUUGGAAAUCAUACAUAUUCAUCCAAUCCAUAUGGGCCGUCAUGGAUCGUAAGGAAGAGCAAGAACCGGUCACCGUCGUGGAACCCGGCUCGAACAAGGGCAAAAUCGUCCCGAACGAUGAAGGCGUUGACAUGAAGGCGAAGAAGGUGAAACGACGGAGGCUGGUGUCGUUUUGGGAGCUGCCGGAGUACAUGAAGGACAACGAGUACAUCCUGAGUUAUUACAGGGCAGAUUGGUCUCUCGCAGACGCUUUCUUCAGUGUUUUUCGUCUGCACAAUGAGACACUCAACGUCUGGACGCAUUUGGUUGGGUUUAUCUUGUUUUUGGGGUUAACAAUCGGCAACAUUUCUUACCACAACAAACACCUCCCCUUGGACGAGGCGAAAAAGGCGACGAGAUGGCCGUUCUACGUGUUCUUGAGCGGAUCGAUGUUCUGUCUGAUGGCAAGUAGCGUAUGCCAUCUCUUCUGCUGCCACUCCAAGAAUCUAAACGUCGUCCUCCUCCGCAUCGAUUACACGGGAAUCGCCGUCAUGAUUAUCACUUCCUUCUUCCCGCCGAUGUUCUACAUCUUCCAAUGCACACCUCACUGGUACUUCAUCUAUCUCGGAGUCAUCACCGCCUUUGGAGUCUUCGCAAUCUUCACCCUCUUCACUCCCUCCCUUUCCUCGCCCAAAUACAGAGCCUUCCGGGCCAUUCUCUUCGUUUCCAUGGGCCUUUUCGGGAUAAUUCCGGCUGUCCACGCGGCCAUGGUGAACUGGAGCAACCCGAAGAGGAACAUUACGCUCGGGUACGAGGUCUCGAUGGCGGUGUUUUACCUGGUCGGGACGGGGUUCUACGUGAGUAGAGUGCCUGAGAAGUGGAAGCCUGGAGGGUUUGAUCUGUUCGGACACAGCCAUCAGAUCUUUCAUGUGUUUGUGGUGUUUGGUGCUUUGGCUCACUACGGAGCGACUCUCCUGUUCUUGGACUGGCGUGACCAUGUUUCCUGUCAUGAUUGACUGUUGUCCGAAGAAAAUUUGAUUUUUUUUUUGUAUUUGAUCUUUGAAUUGUUGCGAGGAAAUUAUAAAUGUGUUUCUUUGAAUGGAACUGAACUAAAUCGAACCCAACAAAGACUUUGGUUCUUGUCUU